AUGGAUUAUAGGAAGCAAUUCAACGCACGGCACCAAUACGACGGCCAGGGCAUGCGAAGUUUUGUGCGAGAAUUGCGCCGACUGGCCAGCAGAGAAUGGGAAAAUGAUUCGCCCUCGGAAUUGGAGAAGAAGCUGCUGGAACAGAUAGUCGAGGGGUCCAGAUCCAAUAACAUGGCUGUCAAACCUGUAGAAGAUCUGGAGAAGCUGGAGGCGGCCACAGCAGCACCGCGAGAAUGCCUAGUGGUCGUACACGAUGAUGCGCAAGAAGUCGGACAUCAGGCGUAA